UUUGGCAUUCCUGGGAGACCUUCCCAUGAGUCAGGUGGUGUGGCAGAAGGCCCAUAGGGGAUGAGCAGAAAACAGCAACACAUUGGUCACUGCACUCACGGGAAGUGCCUUGAGCUCAGGCAGGCAGGUCAAAAAGGGGUGAGCAGGGUUUACGCACCAAGGCCGAGGCUGAAGAACUGGCAGGCUCAGGAACACAUCACCACCUACCAUCAGGAGGGCACUUGGGGACCUAGUGUGCUAUCUCCACCACUCAGCACACCUUGGGGCGGAGCAAAAAAUCAUGAGCCCUUCUCUCCACCCUCCCACCACCCAGAGCCUCCCACCCAUGGGCCCUGAGGAAGUGACCUAAGGUGCAGUGUGGUGAGGAACUCCAGCCCAGGCCCUCGCCUACUUGGUAGGGAUGCAGCUGCACCAGUGGGAAGCUCCAAGCCGGGCUUUUUUUCAACCUUUUGCUGAAGUUCCAAAUGCCUUUGACACUGACCCUCCCAAAUGGACAAAAAGGUGCCUCAGCAGUUCCAGAGCCCCUGAGCUAGGGGCGGGGGGCCUCUUACUUCUGGAUGUCUGGAGAGCGUGAGGCUUCCAAACUUCCAGGCUCCCCAUGACCCAUGUGUUUGUUCCCUUCAGGCCUGUUCCCAGGCUCUGCCUCCGGCCAAAGCAUGGAUGGCCCCGAGGUGGCCUCCCCAGCUUUGAUGGCCAACUCCUCCCUGAUCACCACAGAGCAAUGCGGCCAGGAGACGCCGCUGGAGAACAUGCUGUUUGCCUCCUUCUAUCUCCUGGAUUUUAUCCUGGCCUUUGUUGGCAAUACCCUGGCCCUGUGGCUUUUCAUCCAGGACCACAAGUCAGGCACCCCAGCCAACGUGUUCCUGAUGCACCUGGCCGUGGCUGACCUGUCUUGUGUGCUGGUCCUGCCCACCCGCCUGGUCUACCACUUCUCUGGGAACCACUGGCCAUUCGGGGAAAUCCCGUGCCGGCUCACGGGCUUCCUCUUCUACCUCAACAUGUACGCCAGCAUCUACUUCCUCACCUGCAUCAGUGCUGACCGCUUCCUGGCCAUCGUGCACCCGGUCAAGUCCCUCAAGCUCCGCAGGCCCCUCUAUGCCCACUUGGCCUGCGCCUUCCUGUGGGUGGUGGUAGCCGUGGCCAUGGCCCCCCUGCUGGUGAGCCCACAGACCGUGCAGACCAACCACACAGUCGUCUGCCUACAGCUGUACCGGGAGAAGGCCUCCCACCACGCCCUGGUGUCACUGGCCGUGGCCUUCACCUUCCCCUUUGUCACCACGGUCACCUGCUAUCUGCUCAUCAUCCGCAGCCUACGGCAGGGCCCCCGCGUGGAGAAGCGCCUCAAGAACAAGGCUGUACGCAUGAUCGCCAUGGUGCUGGCCAUCUUCCUGGUCUGCUUCGUGCCCUACCACGUGAACCGUUCCGUCUACGUGCUGCACUACCGCGGCAGUGGCACCUCCUGCUCCACACAGCGGGCCCUGGCCCUGGGAAACCGCAUCACCUCCUGCCUCACCAGCCUCAACGGGGCCCUCGACCCCAUCAUGUACUUCUUUGUGGCCGAGAAGUUCCGUCAUGCCCUGUGCAACUUGCUCUGCGGGAAAAGGCUCUCCGGCCCGCCCCCUAGCUUCGAAGGGAAGACCAAUGAGAGCUCGCUGAGUGCCAGGUCUGAGCUGUGAGCCCCGGUACCGCCAGGCCAGCCACAGACAGUCUUGGAAGGAUGGCUGCCCAGGCUGCACGCUGCCCAGACUGAAAAAGAGAAGUCCCUUCUCCCUGGCAAGAGGAGAGGUUCUCCUGUUUGUUCCACCUCCUGAGCAAACAGCCUGAAAACUGAGCAGGUCCCCACCCAUCCCUCCAUGGCCUGAACCCCUAGAUUGCCCAGCUAUGUUCGGUAUUAACCCUCAAAAAAGGAGAACUAACAACAGGGAUCAACUGGCCACACCCCUGCAGGGAGGGCCUUGGCUCACCACCUACU